CGCCUCAGCUGUUUUUUACCGGUUUCCUCCCCGCUGCUGCCUCCCAAACAUCUCUCUGCUGCAACAUGUAGUAAUUUCGGUUAGCGUGCUUCGUUUCGGAUGAGAUCCAGUGGAACUGAACGGCUUUUAAAAAAAGACAUUAAAGAAUAUUUUUGCAGAGAUUCGCGAGUCUGGAAGAUCAACAGGUGUCCGGUCGAUACGAGCAGAGUUCUCCGUCCAGCAGAAGUCAUGUCGGCUGAUGUGCUGCAGCGGCUCAGCACCUUGACGCUGAGCAUCAAGCACCUCAGUCGCCUCCCUCACCUCUCAGACCUCAUCCCUUCUUCUCUGCCAUCACCCCGACCCACCGUCACUGCCUCCGAGGUCCCCAUCCUGUUCAGAGAGCCCUACAUCCUGUCAGGCUACCGUCCUGCCCAGCAGGACUGGCGCUGCUACUUCGUCAGCCUCUUUCAGCGACACAAUGAAUCCCUGAAUGUGUGGACUCACUUGCUGGCGGGUCCCAUGCUGCUGCUCCGCUGGUGGGCCAACGCAGGCGCCCUGGGGUACACCUUGGAUGCAGCCUCUCUACCUCUCACCCUCUUCAUGGUGUCCUCCCUCACAUAUUUGUGUCUCAGUGUGGCAGCUCACCUCUUGCAGUCUCACUCCGAACAUGCACACUACUUCUUCUUCUUCAUGGACUAUGUAGGUGUGGCUGUGUAUCAGUAUGGUUGCUCACUUAGUCAUUACUUCUACACAUCAGAGCCAUCAUGGAGAGAAAGCAUCGGGCUGUACUUUCUACCUGGAGCCGCCUUCUUUGCAUGGCUCUCCUGUGCUGGUUGCUGCUUCGCUAAGUCCAGGUACAGACGGCCAUAUCCACUCCAGCGUAAAAUCUGCCAGCUGAUCCCAACCAGCCUCGCCUAUCUGCUGGAUAUCAGCCCUGUAGCCCAUCGCCUGCUCACAGUUUCUUGGACACAGGAAGUCUCUCUUCCCUUUCAUGCCCUGCAGAUAGCCUCUUUUCUGUUGGCUGCCUUCUUCUUUUCCUUUCCCAUCCCUGAGCACUUCUUUCCAGGUCGCUGUGACGUUGUGGGCCAAGGUCACCAGGUCUUCCACCUGUUUCUGUCCCUCUGCACCAUGUUCCAGCUGGAGGCGCUGUUCACAGACUACGCCAGGCGGCGAGAUACAGUGGUAGAAUUAUUUGGAGAGAGGCAGCUGUGGUGGGCUUGUGUGUCCUUCCCUGCCCUGUUCAUGUGUUGCAUCUUGACAGUAUUAAUCGCAAUGAAGCACAUUAACAAGGAGCUGCUGAGUAAACAGGAGAGAAACAAGUGACAUGUUUGUGCGUGCAAAAAAAGGGGGUUGGCUUUGAAGAAAAGCUGUUCUGGGCCACCAUGGGGAUGAGGAAUAUCCCAGCUGUUACUGGGUGUGAAGUAGGAUAGACCUCAGACAGGUUGCCAGGCUUGCAUAUCUUCAUCAUUGAAGAUAUACGCAAAUCAAUACCACUCCACAUCUGCUUCUCAGUCUUAAAAAAUGAACAUUUCUGUUACCUACAGACUAGUUGCUUUCCAAAGUGUAACUAACAGUAGGCUUACUCAUUAUUUGCAGGCUAAAGGUACUUCCCUAGCAAAAUGUCUCAAUUCAGAAGACUGAAAUAUGUCACAUAGACAAAAAGCCCUCCCUCCGUAUUGGCCUGUAAAAUAACCUUGCAUACUGUUCCUGUUGGUCCAGUAAUCUUAGCAGUUAUAGCUGACAUGAAUGUUUGUUGUAAGCUAGCUUUGUGGGCCACCAAAUGUUAUCUCAGCUUUUUAAUAGACUAGUUUUAAUGUCAGCUAAAGAUUUUUUUUAAAUGAAGAUAUUUUAAAGCUCUUACAGUUUUUAUUGUUGUUAUUUUGAUGUAACUCAAAUAAUUUAAUUAUUAAAAUCAUUAAUU